CCUUCUAACUCGCCAAACUCCCCAGGGUUUUAGCUUUUCUUCUGCAUAUAUAAUAGUCAUUAGAGUUUCCAGCUUGAUUUUUCAUCUUCUACCUUUCUUGAAAUGGAAGGAGAUAUUGCAACCUCUGCCGCGGCAAAGGGCACCGUUUGUGUCACGGGAGCCGCUGGUUUCAUCGGAUCAUGGCUUGUUAUGAGACUUCUUGAACGUGGCUAUGUUGUCCGGGCCACUGUCCGGGAUCCAGGGAAUAUGAAGAAAGUGAAACAUUUGCUAGAUUUGCCUAAAGCCAGCACGCAUUUGACGCUGUGGAAGGCGGACAUGACGGAAGAAGGAAGUUUCGAUGAAGCCAUUCAAGGCUGCGAAGGGGUGUUUCAUGUGGCCACACCCAUGGAUUUCGACUCUAAAGACCCUGAGAACGAAAUAAUCAAGCCAACGAUCAAUGGCUUUUUAAGCAUCAUAAGAUCAUGUGUCAAGGCAAAAACUGUCAAGAGGCUGGUUUACACUUCAUCUGCUGGAACCGUCAACGUUCAAGAACACCAACAGCCCGUCUACGACGAGACCAACUGGAGUGAUUUGGACUUUAUAUAUUCGACAAAGAUGACAGGAUGGAUGUAUUUCGUUUCUAAGCUUUUGGCUGAGAAAGAAGCCUGGGAGGUCUCGAAACAGAGCAAAAUUGAUUUCAUAAGCAUAAUACCAACGCUAGUUGUAGGUCCAUUCAUCAUGCCUACAUUCCCACCCAGCCUAAUAACUGCACUUUCCUUGAUCACUGGGAAUGAAGCUCACUACUCAAUUAUUAGGCAAGGCCAGUUCGUCCAUCUGGAUGAUCUUUGUGAGGCCCAUAUAUUCUUGUACGAGGAUCCUACCGCCGAAGGAAGAUACAUCUGCUCUUCUCAUGAUGCCACUAUUCAUGAUUUGGCAAAAUUGAUCAGGGAAAAAUGGCCAGAGUACUCUAUCCCUGAGUUAAAGGGCAUAGACAAGGACAUACCCGUGGUAUCCUUUUCUUCCAAGAAGUUGGUAGGCAAGGGCUUCCAAUAUAAGUACACCUUGGAGGACAUGUUUCGGGCGGCCAUUGACACAUGCCGUGAAAAGGGUUUGCUCCCCUAUUCUACUCAAACCCAUGAAAAUGGAAAAGAAAAAGAAUCACUUCCUGUUGCCACCAAGGACCAGGCGAACGGCCAAGUCAACGGCUCACUUCCCGUUUCCGCAGAAAAAUAGCGCCAUUGACUUUUUCUAAGUACAAGAAUAAGAUGGAGGGCGACAAGGCAAAGUGUUUUUCAGCGGUUGAUAUUCAUUUCUGAGCUAUUAUCACACGAGGAUGAUGAAGCAGUGCGCUGCUUUUGUAACAUUUCGCAAUUUUAAUUCAAUCAAAAUCAUCUAUGAGUUGCGCGGUUUUGCUGUUAAA